GCUGUCGCUGCACCGAUGACUGUACCGGCCAAGGCCGACUCGGUCCUGAAAAUACAGAUAUACGCGCAGCAUAUCAUGAAAGACAGAUGCAUUGCCGCGACAGACGUUCUGCUGAACACUCUUCUUUCCGAAGAAUUCUGUACUGCCCGAUUCACCGUGAGGCCCCGAUCGAAAGCACUGUUCUCACAGUCCAUGCCGCAACUGGACUAUUGGACUCGAGUGAAGUUGGAAGGUUAACGGAAGCUUUUGUGGUGCACGAGAAGUGGUCGAGGAUGGUGAACUGCGUGAAACCGUUGGUCGAGAUCGGCUGCAUUGUGGCGGAGCUCAACCCGAUCGCCAAAAUGAUACUUUCGGUGAUAGCGCUGGGGAUCAACCAAUUCGACGAGAGGCUCAAGCGCCUGGAGGCUAUCCAUGAUCUUCUCGAUACAAUCGCCGAUGCGAGCCAGCGUGUCUACGCGCAGGACGAACCGCAUUAUCGCAGCAAGCGCCAAAUGCAGUUAAAGACCCGCGACAUACUUUUGAGAGAGAUCCAUGAUGCGCUCGUCUACCUUCGCCCGCUGUCGGCGGUGUCCGCAGCUCGUCGAACCUCAUCCCAGGUCGAAUCCCGCAUUCACGAAUUCAAAACGCGCAUCUCGACGUUCAUGGACGAUUUCGAAAGCAAGGGAAGCGUUGACACGCAGGUAGCGGUUUUCACCAUACUCGAAGAGAUGCGCCUCGAUAAACUCCCAUACGCGCGCGGCGUGCGAGCCGAGCCAAGCAAGCGGUGCUUGCCCGGGACACGCGUUGAGUUACUUCAGAAAAUUCGGGAUUGGGCUCUCAGCCCCGUCGCCAACCGUGUAUUCCUACUCCAAGGUACCGCUGGCAGGGGAAAAACCGCCGUCGCUCAUACAGUGGCGCUGUCCUUGCAAGAGGCUGGUUUUGUUGCGCCCUUUUUCGCGUUCAACCGGUACGACCAGGAACGCGCUGCACACCAGCUCCUGCCGACGCUGGCCAGACAACUCGCGGAGCGGAACAAGUUGUAUAGCCAAUACCUAUGCGAUCAGCCGUCUUCGCAGUUAGAAAGUCGCGAUCCCGCGACUCAAGUUCAGUGCCUCAUCCGCGGGGGCCUAGGAGACUGUACCGUCGGCACUCCCAUAGUGUUCGUUAUAGACGCGCUUGAUGAGUGCUCUGAUGCACGCCUGCAAGCCGAAGAUCGAAGGAGCAUGCUACAGUGUCUGCGCGAUUGUCUUGUCGACUCCCAACUUCCCUCGAACGUCCGGUUCUUCCUUACCUACCGCCCGGACGAGGAUAUACUUGAGUGUUUGGCCCAGCCGAGCAUGCAAGCCACGCGACUAUCCAUCGACAAGGUCAACGACACUGACUGCGACAUACGCGCGUUCGUCGAGUCCAAGCUUGCGGGCACACAUUUCAGCGGCCAGGUCGACGAAGUCGCACGCGCGGCGCAGACGUUGUUUCAGAGCGCGGCGGUGCUCUGCCUGGAGCUCACCAAAGUCAACAGCCCAAGAACCGUCGUGUUUCCACGCGAGCUUAUGCGACGCAUUAUGGAUAAUCCCGGGCAGCCGUUGUACGAGACUUAUCGUGCCAUUCUCGAAGCCCACUUCGACACGACUAGCGCGGCUGUCAUAGCUAUCCUUCGCCAACUCCUAGGCUGGGUAUUUGUGAUGCAGAGCCCUCAACCGUACGCCGUGUUCCGAAGCAUAGCCAAGGUGCAUCUGGCGAACGUCGAUGACCUUGACUUCGUAUUCCUCGGCCUUGGAUCUUUGUUGACGGGGGUUACGCCUGCCAGUGCAGACCCUGUACAGCCGCUGCAUACGUCAUUUCGCGAUUUCAUUCUGGACACUACGCAAAGCCAGCCGUUUUCUCUUAGCUACGAUCUCGCGGUGGCACAUGCGGAGGUCGCUUAUGGCUGCCUACGGAUUAUGAACGAUCCUACGGAAGGCCUCAGGCUCAAUAUAUGCCGAUUGCCCAAAACAUUCGUCCUGAAGCAGCAUAUCCAGGAUCUCCAACAGCGCGUGUCCAACUAUAUUUCGCCAGCGCUUCGGUACGCCUGCCAGCAGAUUGGUAUACAUCUUUCGUCUGGCGCUAUUCAGUCUUCUGGUUUGCGUUUUGAUCAUGAAUCGACCAUACUGCUGAAGCGGAACUUCUUGUUUUGGCUCGAGACGUGUAGCUGCAUGGCUCUCAAGGACAUAUCCGCAAAGUUUCUUAAGCAUUUUUUGGAAUGGGCACAGCGCUCCGACCGCACUGACCUACGCGACUUCAUCCUCGAUUGCAUCGAGUUCGAUCAGUGCUUCACAGAAGCUAUAGCAAAAUCACCUCCUCAAGUUUACAUCAGUGGUCUCACAUUGGCGCCUCGCAACUCACGGGUCGGCAAACUCUAUCGAUCUCGUUUCAAUGUUCCUGUUCAUAUAUCUGGAAAUGCGACGUCACACGGCUGGCCCGUUGAUACUAGCCUCCACAUCGCUCGGACUUCCUUUCGGGGGGAAUCCCCAUCUGGAUCACCCGCCGUGAAAACUCAGCUCGCCCAUUCACCGGAUGGGGGCACGGUAGCCCUCGGUGUAUACAACAAAGGCGCGUGUUUCUGGUAUGAUAAGGAAGGAAUGAGGAACGGUCUUUACCCGAUGGGUUGGCCCAGGAUCGCAAUGGUCAUAGGUGUCACGUUUGCGCCUGAUGGAAAACUCUUCGCUUGUUCUCUCACGGACGGGACCAUUGAGUAACGAGGAUGCGAUCGGGUGAACAUCGGUUUGGCUCUGAAAGGAUCAUGAAGACCUGGAUCAAACAUCCAACGCCGAUCGUGUUCUCGCCCGACAGCAAAAACCUCGCAAUCGCCAGUGCAGACUCCUUGCAGAUAUGGGAUAUAAGUGCAUGCUGUUGUAUCGCAAUGAAGACGCACCAACAAGAUGAUCUGGAUAUAACC